GCUAAAAACAAAAAGACUGACCAAACACCAGUCCCCAAAAUUCUCACCGGCAGGCAGCAUGUGAAACAACAGAAUGCAUAAAUUAAUACCCACAUCCCUUAACUUUGUCUUCCUCAAAACAAACCCAAGAAAUGAAUUUUCUCUGCAAAUUCAUCCCAUUCCCACUGUUCUUGCCACUAAUUUUGAGCUCAUGCAUUGUCAGCAAUGGUGAAAUCUCAACCACCCUUGAAGGACCCUUUAAACCUGUGACUGUCCCUCUUGACAAAAACACCAAAUUUACCAAUGCCAAAGAUUUGCCUGAUAAUUAUCCUCAGCUUCAAAACAAUGUUGUUGGUUAUCAGCCUCAGCAAAUUUCUGUCUCUCUGUCUUCUAAUUAUGACUCUCUUUGGAUCUCCUGGGUCACUGGGGAUUUCCAAAUUGGUGGUGACAUAAUACCAUUAGAUCCUUCAUCAGUUUCCAGUGUUGUGCACUAUGGGAUCUUGGGAUCAUCAGUUACUUACGAGGAAUUUGGUUAUUCACUUGCAUAUGAUCAACUUUAUCCUUUUGAAGGCCUUCAGAACUACACCUCUGGCAUCAUUCAUCAUGUUCACCUUACCGGACUGGAACCCGGUGCAUUGUAUGAAUAUCAAUGUGGAGAUCCUUCUAUAGCAGCAAUGAGUGAUAUCUUUUACUUUAGAACAAUGCCGGUCUCUAGCCCCGUAAAUUACCCUAGCAGAAUAGCAGUUGUGGGAGACCUAGGUCUUACUUACAAUACAAGUUCAACACUUAAUUACUUGCUCAGUAAUCAUCCUGAUCUUCUUAUUGUGGUAGGGGGUGUAAGUUAUGCUGACAUGUACCUCACCAAUGGAACCGGGUCUGAUUGUUACUCUUGCUCAUUUGCACAAACUCCUAUCCAUGAAACGUACCAGCCGCGUUGGGAUUAUUGGGGAAGAUUUAUGCAACCUCUAUUGGCUAAUGUUCCAACUAUGGUGGUAGGAGGGAAGCAUGAAAAUGAAGAACAGGCUGGAAAUGAGAUAUUUGUUGCUUUAAGUUCUCGAUUUACAUUUCCAUCUGAAGAAAGCGGGUCAUAUUCCACAUUAUACUAUUCUUUCAAUGCAGGGGGUAUACAUUUUGUGGUGCUCAGUGCUUACAUUGCCUACGACAGAUCAUCGGAUCAGUACACAUGGUUGGAAGGAGACCUCUAUAAUGUUAACAGGAGUACGACUCCUUGGCUGGUGGCUGCUUGGUACCCUCCUUGGUACAGUACAUUCAAGGCACAUUAUCGAGAAGCAGAAUGUAUGAGAGUGGAAAUGGAGGACUUGCUCUAUGUUUACGGUGUUGAUAUAGUUUUCAAUGGGCGAGUUCACGCAUACGAGAGGUCAAACCGAGUGUACCACUACUCUUUGGAUCCAUGUGGUCCAGUUUAUAUCACUUCGGGUGCUGGUGGUUGUCGAGAAGCAAUGGCGGUGGCUCAUGCUGAUGAUAUCGGUAAUUGUCCAGAGCCAUAUGAUACACCUGAUGAAGAUAUUGGUGGCUUUUGUGCAUCCAAUUUUACAUCAGGCCCUGCAGCUGGUAACUUUUGCUGGGACCAGCAGCCUGAGUACAGUGCAUUCAGAGAAAGCAGCUUCGGUCACGGCACACUAGAGGUGAAAAACGAGACUCAUGCCUUGUGGAGUUGGCACCGCAAUCAAGACGCUUAUCAAAUCGCAAGCGAUAUCAUUUACAUAGUAAGGGAACCUGAGAAGUGCCUUGUUAGAUGACCAUAAAUAACCACAUUCUUCAAAGGUUAGUGAUUGCUGAUGUUGCACCUUGGUGCAGGCAAGAUUUCUCAUUGCUGAAGACAUACCAACUUAGAAUUGGUGACCCCUUGUACAGACAACAAAUUGAACACUAGCUAAAAUGUAGGAGCAGCAUUUCUCUGACAAAAUUUGAUACCUUUAAUGUCAAGCAGACCUGCUGGCUGGCUUAAACACUUGAUUUUUCUAUCAAUUCCAGCCCGGAUUUGAUCCCUAAAGAAAUCUGUUCUGGAUUUUGACUUUUAUGUUUAGUUAAAAAUUGAUGUACAUAAAUUCCGGUUUGAACUCAUAGACCUGACUUGGAUAAACUAUUAGACCCAAAUCGGGUUUCGACCAAGCUUAACUCGUAUAUAAAAGAGUCAAAUUCAGUUGAA